AUGGCAAAGCAAUAUGGAAACAUUUAUACCUUAUGGGGAGGACCACUAGCUGUGGUAGUACUGUCUGGAUAUGAAGCAGUGAAAGAAGCACUCAUUGACCGCUCUGAAGAAUUCUCUGAGAGAUUAGAGACGGCUUUUUUUAAUGAUAUAAUAAAAGGAAGGGGUAAGUAGUCAAGAACGAGAAGUCCUACUGCUAUUUCCCCAGGUAAAACAUUUAAAGAGGAUAUCUGGAAAAAGAGAACAAAGGAUCUCUCUUAAUGUUGCAAUCAACAGAAAAUGGGUUGUAUCCAAUGUUAGCUCUACUCACAAUAGACCCAUUACAGUUAAUGGACACAGCUAACUUAGGUCUUAGGUUUGACCAAACUGCAGGAGGCAGUGGAAGACAGAAGUGCCUGGCGUGCUCUGGCCCAUGGGGUCACUAAGAGUUGGACAUGACUAAACGACUAAACAACAACAACUUAGGUCUGUUAAUUUCAAUGGGUCUACUCUGAGUACAACUUAGCAGGCUCAAGUGAGCUCUAAUAGUAACAAGUGGUGUCGUUUUUGUUUAGUCAUUUAGUCGUGUCUGACUCUUCAUGACCCCAUGGACUAGAGCACUGUACUUAACAGCUGGAAGGAGCUGUCAACGGACAGUAACAGAAGCAUCCUUUUGCUUUGUUCUUCCCACCACCUUGCUGUUUUCUUCUCACUGCCUGAAUGCAAACUUGUCCUGCAAUCUGCUGAACCCCAAACUGACAAAUGCCUAAAAGUCUCACAUUGGAGUGAAAAUUCAACUGUCUGCUCCAAACAGAGAGCAAAUUGUACUUAAUUGUAAACCAGCACCAAUGAAGAAGAAGAAGAAGAAGAAGAAGAAGAGUUUUGGAUUUGAUAUCCUGCCUUUCACUCCCUUUAAGGAGUCUCAAAGCAGCUAACAUUCUCCUUUCCCUUCCUCCCCCACAACAAACACUCUGUGAGGUGAGUGGGGCUGAGAGACUUCAAAGAAGUGUAACUGGCCCAAGGUCACCCAGCAGCUGCAUGUGGAGGAGCGGAGACGCGAACCCGGUUCCCCAGAUUACGAGACUACCGCUCUUAACCAUUACACCACACUGGCUCUUAUGACCUUGAGCCUUAGACAUAACAAUAGGUGCAUUGACCCUGAGCCAAGUAUUUCAAUUAGCUGUUGCUGAAUGUGCAAAUUACUGAUGGGAACUUCCAUUUGUGCUGUGCUUUGUAGGCAAAGGUUCAGGAUUUGUUGAGAUGCUAUUCCAGGCUGUAUCAACAGACGUAUAGUAUCUAGAUCAAGGGAAAUAAUAGUACCUCUCUAUUCUGCUGUGAUCAGAUCCCACCUGGAAUACUGUGUCCAGUUCUGGGUGCCACUAUUUAAGAAGGAUGUUGAGAAGCUGGAAUGUGUGCAGAGGAGGGCAACUAGGAUGAUCAAUGGUCUAGAUACCAAGCCUUAUGAGGAAUGGUUGAAGGAGCUGGGUAUGUUUAGCCUGGAAAAGAAGAGACUAAGAAGAGAUAUCUAAAGGUCUGUCACUUGGAAGAUGGAGCAAGCUCGUUUUCUCCUGCUUUGGAAUGUAGAACUUGAACCAAUGGCUUCAAGUUACAAGAACGGAGAUUCUGACUAAACAUAUGGAAAAACUUUCUGACAGUAAGAGCUGUUUGACUGUGGAACAGUCUGCCUCAGGAGGUUGUGGACUCUCCUUCCUUGGAGGUUUUUAAGCAGAGGUUGGAUGGCCACCUCUCUUGGAUGCUUUAGCUGAGAUUCCUGCAUUGCAGGUGGUUGGACUAGAUGACCCUUGGGUCCCUUCCAACUCUAAGAUUAUAUUAUUCUAUGAUUCUAUGAUCAAUCAGCAGAAUUGGCACUACUACAGGUGCCACAUAAUAAGUGUUCCGUAUUUGUAAGAACUUGGAAGUUUAGAGCAUCAGGUCCCACAGUUUGGAACUCCCUGCCUGUUGAGAUUAGGUAGGCCCUUUAUUCUUUUUGGUGUAUAAAAAACAUCCUUGCUUAGACAUGCCUACCCAGAUGCUUAGAAAGUUGAGGCAAAUUUGUUUUAGUAUUUUAGCUUUUGCAUAUUUUAAAGUAGGGUUGGAAUUUUUUCUGGAUUUGAUUGCCUAAUCUUUUUGUGAACUGCUUAGAAGCUUUUUACUAUAAAGCAGUGUAUGAAAUAAAUAAAUACAUACGCAAAAGCUAUAAAGGGCUAAGUGCAAGGUAAGACAUUUGUUGUUGUUUAGUCGUUUAGUCAUGUCCGACUCUUCGUGACCCCCUGGACCAGAGCACGCCAGGCACUCCUGUCUUCCACUGCCUCCCGCAGUUUGGUCAAACUCAUGUUUGUAGCUUCGAGAACACUGUCCAACCAUCUCGUCCUCUGUCCUCCCCUUCUCCUUGUGCCCUCCAUCGUUCCCAACAUCAGGGUCUUUUCCAGGGAGUCUUCUCUUCUCAUGAGGUGGCCAAAGUAUUAGAACCUCAGCUUCAGGAUCUUCCCUUCCAGUGAGCACUCAGGGCUAAUUUCUUUAAGAAUGGAUGCAUUUGAUCUUCUUGCAGUCCAUGGGACUCUCAAGAGUCUCCUUCAGCACCAUAAUUCAAUAGCAUCAUUUCUUCGGUGAUCAGCCUCCUUGAUGGUCCAGGUCUCACUUCCAUACAUCACUACUGGGAAAACCAUGGCUUUAACUAUAUGGACCUUUGGUAAGACAUAGAUUGAACCGUAGGAGCCAACUCCUAGGGACUGAGAGGGCUUCCACCUCACAAAUAAAAUAUUGGAGGGGGCUGCCCCCCAAGUUGAUGGGCAUUGACAUUCAAAUGGUGUGUGCGCACCAUGUCAUGUGAUGGAUUAUGUGGGAUAGGUCUUACCUGGGCCCCCACAAUAUUUUGUUCAAGUUGGCACUCCUGUAUCGAACAAGUGACAUGUUCCUUACACCUAACUAUGUUGAAUAAAACACAAGUGUGGUGCACCCAACAGAAAUAAGCUGCAGUUUAAGUUUUUCUGCAGAAAGUAUCACUGUAUUAAAUACCAAUUCCCUCCCCCCAGCCCAAAAUUAUAAUUUGUUGUUGUGUCUGACUCUUUUAGUUGUGUCUGACUCUUUGUGACCCCAUGGACCAGAGCACGCCAGGCACUCCUGUCUUCCACUGCCUCCCGCAGUUUGGUCAGACUCAUGUUUGUAGCUUCGAGAAUGCUGUCCAACCAUCUUGUCCUCUGUCGUCCCCUUCUUCUUGUGCCCUCCAUCUUUCCCAACAUCAGGGUCUUUUCCAGGGAGUCUUUUCUUCUCAUGAGGUGGCCAAAGUAUUGGAGCCUCAGCUUCAUGAUCUGUCCUUCCAGUGAGCACUCAGGGCUGAUUUCCUUAAGAAUGGAUAGGUUUGAUCUUCUUGCAGUCCAUGGGACUCUCAAGAGUCUCCUCCAGCGCCAUAAUUCAAAAGCAUCAUAAUUUGUAGAACUGCCCAAAGAUGACCCAGAAGCUGUUUGUGGACAAACACCGGCUCCCUCGGCCAGUAAAGCAAGAUGAGCGCACAACCCCAGUGUCGUCCACAAUUGGACCUAAUGGUCAGGGGUACCUUUACCUUUACUGUAAAUUGCCGGAACUGCUGGAACCAUCUGAUUUGUCUUCUGUUGUUUUACAAACUGAGACAGCCAAGCCAUUUGGGUGAAUCACUUGUGAGUGUCUGAGUGCUCAAAUAGGUUCUCUCAGGCACUGUAUUCAUUUCAUUUUCAUUCCAUAAAUUUUAUAUAAAGCUUGGCUGUAGAAAAGAAACUCAGAGUUGUUGUACAAAGCAUGCAGUGCUGGCCUAUAUUGUAGAGAUAAGCAAAGAUGUCACCUUUGCUUCAGAGAGACAGAGUAGCUCUUGAGUGAUAAACAUAGAUUCUUCUGGUUUAGCGGUUUAAUUUUUAACAUCAGUUUAUGUAAGUAAUAAUUUCUCACUGAUUUCCCAUAGGUAUUAUAUUAUCAAAUGGUCACACCUGGAGGCAACAGAGACGCUUUGCUGUGGUUACUAUGCGGAAGCUGGGGCUCGGGAAGAAAGGCAUGGAGCACCAAAUAGCAGAGGAGGCCCAUCAGCUUGUGGAGGUGUUUGCACGUUCAAAGGGUAUGUGAUGCUGAUGGUGCUGAGCUGGCAUAUAUCCCAGUCUGAAGAAAUCUUUGUGUACUACUGCUGUACAUUUUGGAAAGGAAUGUUGAUAGUUUUGUUUAAAUCUAACAUAAAUAUGUUCUCAGUAUUAACAGGAGCGGCUGAACUAACAUUAGUAUAAUUUUAUUUUGCAGGACAACCACUUGACCCCACCUUUCACAUCACUAAUUCAGUCUCCAAUGUGAUAUGCGCUGUGGCUUUUGGGCACCGAUUUGCUGUUGAAGAUGAACAGUUUCAGAAACUGAUAGAAGCCAUUAAUUAUUUACUAAAAUUUCUGUUUUCCCCCACUCAUAUUGUGAGUAGUCAUUUUCAUUUCUACUGAUCCAGACAGGUCUCCCAGAGACUAUAAGUCCCCUUAUCAGCAUUCUGGAAUCCAUUAUGAUAGAGGUUAGACUGUUGGCCUCAGACAACUGAGACCAGGGUUUAAAACUAGUCAUAGGCCAUUUACUAGCUCACAGUUUAAUCUAUUUCUCAAGAUUAUUGUGCAGAUUAAAAGAUGUGAAGCAACUAUGUACCCCACCUGGAACUCUUUGGAGGAAAGAUGAGAUGAAAAUGGAACAAUGACAUACAGGUAAUCUAGAGCCCAUCUAAAUGCAGAAAGAGGAUGAGGCCAAAAUAUCUUCACAGUAUGGGCAUUCCAUAGUUUUGGUACCAUUAUGGAAAAUUGAAUGUGUCUACUGUCUGGUACAAUGUGUCUACUGUCUGAGAAGGAUGUUCUUCUCAUUAUAGGGGAUUAGAAUGCUAAAGUAGGGAGUCAAGAGUUAAAAGGAACAACAGGCAAGUUUGGCCUUAGAGUUCAAAACGAAGCAGGGCAAAGGCUAAUAGAGUUCUGUCAAGAGAACAAGCUGGUCAUCACAAACACUCUUUUCCAACAACAAAAGAGACGACUCUAUCUGAAAUGAUUUAUUGCUCAGAUAACAGUCCAGCGCGAUUCGGCUGCAGCAGGCCUCUGCUUUGCAGCACGCAUUCCAAAAGCAUUCCAAAGCUCUGAGCAAAACAGCAGAGUCUAGCAGCGGUCAGAAAAUAAGCCUUCUGCCUUCUGUGCUUCGGUGUGCAUAAAUCAGGCUCUCACGCAGAGUUACUAAAACUAAAAGCACUUUAAUACAGCAAAAUUAUCCACGAUCACGGAACAUCGCGCAAGCGUGUCUGUUCCGGACAAAAGCGAAAGCAGAAUAGAACAAAGAACUGAGACUCUCGGAAGUGACGCAGAGUCUCUCCGCCCCACAGUAGGCAGGACGCACACUCUGAGCUGUUUAACCCUGUAAGCUCAGGUUCUCCUCACACUCUACACAUGGACAUCACCAGAUGGGCAGCAUCAAAAUCAGAUUGAUUAUAUUCUCUGCAGCCAAAGAUGGAGAAGCUCUAUAUAGUCAGCCAAAUCAAGACCUGGAGCUGACUGUGGCUCAGAUCAUCAGCUUCUUAUAGCAAAAUUCAAGCUUAAACUGAAGAAAGUAGGAAAAACCACGGGGCCAGUAAGAUACAAUCUAAAUCAAAUCCCUUAUGAAUACACAGUGGAAGUGAGGAACAGGUUUAAGGAUUUAGAUUUGGUGGACAGAGUGUCUGAAGAAUUAUGGAUGGAGGCUCGUAACAUUAUACAGGAGUCAGCAAUGAAAAAAAUCCCAAUGAAAAGGAAAUGCAAGAAAGGAAAGUGGCUGUCCAAUGAGGCCUUACAAAUAGUGGGGGAGAGAAGGCAAGCAAGCAAGGUUAUGCUCAAAAUUCUACAAGGCAGGCUAAAGCAGUUUGUGGACUGAGAACUCCAAGAAGUACAAGCUGGAUUUCAAAGGGACCAAAAUUUCAAAGAGACCAAAUUGCAAACAUGCGCUGGAUUAUGGAGAAAGCCAGAGAGUUCCAGAAUGGCAUCUACUUUUGCUUAAUUGACUACGCAAAAGCCUUUGACAGUGUGGGACCACAGCAAACUAUGGCAAGUUCUUAAAGAAAUGGGAAUGCCUGAUCACCUCAUCUGUCUCCUGAGAAAUCUCUAUGUGGGACAAGAAGCUACAGCUAGAACUGGUUAUGGAACAACUGAUUGGUUCCAUAAGGAAAGGAGUACGACAAGGCUGUAUAUUGUCUCCCUGCUUAUUUAACUUAUAUGCAGAAUUCAUCAUGUGAAAGGCUGGGCUGGAUGAAUCCCAAACCGGAAUUAAGAUUGCUGGAAGAAAUAUCAACAACCACAGAUAUGCAGAUGACACAACUUUGAUGGCAGAAAGUGAGGAGGAAUUAAAGAACCUCUUAAUGAGGGUGAAAGAGGAGAGUACAAAAUAUGGUCUAAAGCUCAACAUCCAAAAAACUAAGUUCAUGGCCACUGGGCCCAUCACCUCCUGGCAAACAGAAGGUGAAGAAAUGGAGGCAGUGACAGAUUUUACCUUUUGGGGCUUCAUGAUCACGGCAGAUGGCGACAGCAGUCACGAAAUUAAAAGAUGCCUGCUUCUUGGGAGAAAAGUGAUGAUAAACCUAGAUAACAUCUCAAAAAGCAGUGACAUCACCAUGCCAAUAAAGAUCCGUAUAGUUAAAGCUGUGGUUUUCCCAGUAGUGAUGUAUGGAAGUGAGAGCUGGACAACAAAGAAGGCUGAUCGCCAGAGAAUUGAUGCUUUUGAAUUGUGGUGCUGGAGGAGACUCUUGAGAGUCCCAUGGACUGCAAAAAGAUCAAACCUAUCCAUUCUAAAGGAAAUCAACCCUGAGUACUCACUGGAAGGACAGAUCCUGAAACAGAGGCCACAAUACUUUGGUCACCUCAUCAGAAGAGAAUACUCUCUGGAAAAAACUCUGAUGUUGGGUAAGAUUGAGGGCACAAGGGGAUGACGGAGGAUGAGAUGGUUGGACAGUGUUAUAGAAGCUACCAACAUGAAACUGACAAAACUGUGGGUGGCACUAGAAGACAGGAGUGCCUGGCGUGCUCUGGUCCAGGGGGUCACGAAGAGUCAGACAUGACUAAACGACUAAACAACAACUGUCUGAUCACUGUAUCUAAUGGCAACGGUACACAGGACUCAGGGGCUCUGAUACCUUCACAUGGGAGAAAUCAGUUCUUAUGGUAUUCAGGCUGUGGACCAGGUGUGGGGAACGUCUGGCCCCCCAGAUGUUGCUCAUCUACAAUUGGUCAUCUUUGGCCUUUGGCUAUGCUGGCUGGUUCUGAUGGGGUUGUGGUUCAGUAACAUAUAGAUGGCCAAGGUUUCCCUCACCUGCUCUAGACUGUUAAGAUAUUCAAAGGUCAGCAUGUUAAAGUUUAAAUUGAUUUACCCCGCCAAGGGUGAAAAGGGAACUAGGAAAAAAAAAUGGUAUCCUGGCUGUUGGCUCCUAAGGUCAUAGAAUCAUAGAAUUUUAAGGUUGGAAGGGACCCCAAGGGUUGUCUAGUCCAACCCCCUGUUAUGCAGGAAUCUCAGAUAAAGCAUCUAUGACAAGGGACCCCAAGGGUUGUCUAGUCCAACCCCCUGUUAUGCAGGAAUCUCAGAUAAAGCAUCUAUGACAGAUGGCCAUCCAACCUCUGCCUAAAUACCUCCAAUGAAGGAGGGUCCGUAUCUUCCACCCCCAUUCCUGGGGAUCAAAUUGAUUUGAAUGGUUAUAGUAAAACAUGCAGGAAACUAUGAUAUGUAAUAUGAACCACGGAAGGAGAAGAAGGGCAGUCAUUAGAUGUUUCGAAGUUUGUAACACGCUUAAUUUGAUAUGUAGAAAAAUGAACUCCUAUCUAUAUCUAUAUAUCUAUACGUAUAUCUAUACAUACAUACAUAUACACACACACGUAUGCAUAUACAUACAUACAUACAUACAUAUAUGUGUGUGUGUGUGUGUGUAUGUAUAUAUAUGUAUGUAUAUAAACAACAAGCUAUGUAUUUGGUUCUUAGCGGGGAGUGAAACUUGAGCAAAAUUGAAUUUCUCUGCUAUCCAUAUUCUCCAUCCCCAUCCCUGGUCUGGAAUAGUGCAGUUUUAGAAUGAAGCCUGAAAGCUGGCAAUAUAUUUCAAACGCUAGUUUUCAUUCCACUUUUCAGCCAAGCUUAAUUAUCAUAAUCCAGUCAUUGUGGAAUUCUGAAGAUGCUGUUGACACCCACCUUCUUCUCCAUGAGAGUCAACCUAAUAUACUAUCUGUGAGGAAUAACCCAGAUCAUGUUAUUUAAGCACUAGCCCACAGGAGUUGAUUCAUGAACAGUGUGACCAAGCUUCUUCAUGGUAAUGGCAACGUUUUUGCUAUCUUUACUUUAGCUGUAUGAAAUAUUCCCAUGGAUUAUGAGAUAUCUCCCAGGGCCCCACAAGCAGGCAUUUUCCAGCCUGGAUACGGUGAUUUCAUUUGCAAAGGAUGAGAUGGAGAAGCAUAAGGAGACUUCGUCUCUGCAUGAGCCACAGGAUUUCAUUGAUUUCUAUCUACUUGAGAUGGAGAAAGUAAGUACUGAAUACCAGGACUAUAAAACAGGAGGGCUUCAUUAAUCAAUGCAGAGUUCAGAGUACAUGUGGGGCACACUGUAUCAAAAUAUAUCACACCAUGCACCCCAUAGUUAAAUGGUAAUACAAUCCUGAAAUUACUUACCAGUAGCCACAAAUGCUGUAUGCUGAGAGUCAAAUGCUCUGUGUGUUUCUGUACACAUUGCUUGGCUAGAUAGCAGCUCUGCAAAAUUCAGAGAAAUGAGAAUUUUGAAGGAUGGCUGCAUUUUCACUACUGGUAUUGCUUUGAAAAAUAAACAACUCUGUAUGUGGUUUGCAAAAAUUCCUUAACAAUACACAACAUGCUUAUAAGAAUAUCCUUAUAAGAUUAUAAGCAUGUUAUGUAUGAUCUAGAGCUCCUUUUUGGGCUGACCAGAAGAAGAUUCAAGAAACAGAGAUUGAAAUCCUGGGUAUCCCAUUGUUGCAGUUCCAUCGGGAUUGCACCAGCACAAGUAUACACACAGAGAGUCAUUCUGAUUCACUUAUUUCAGGAAUAUUUGGACACUUUGGCUUUGAGAUACUGAGUUGCGUAUGUCAUUAUUAUUUUGACAUUGUAGAUAUUAUUUAAGAUUCCAUGUAUUAGAAGGUUUUGAAAUGUUGUACAUUAUUGUUAAGGAAUUUUUGCAAAUCAUAUACAGAGUUGUUUAGUUUGUGAUUUAUCUCUCUGUAUUCAUUGGGCAUGGUGUUAUUUCAAAAAGUACAAAUUAAGCAAUAAUAAUUUUAAUAACUUUAUUAUUUAUACCCCACCCAUCUGGCUGGGUUUCCCCAGCCACUCUGCUUUUAAAUGUGACCUGAAUCAUAUCUGACCCACAUUCCUAAAUGGUACAUAGUUGCAUUCUGAAGAGAAAUAAUGCACACUUUUAGAGCCUUGUGACAAUAAUCUACAACAGAACCUCUCAAACUUUUCAUGUUGAUGACACACUUUUUAGAUAUGCAUCAUUUUACGACAGAGUAAUUCAGUUUUACUAGCAAACCGGAGGUUAAACGAACCCCUUUCCAACCCUAGGAGGAACUCAGGGAGCAUCCACACGACACAACUACACACUGGGGUUGACACACUAACAUGUUGUGACACACAGUUUGGAAAGCACUGAUCUACUCAAUGAAAGAGACUCAAAUAUAUUCAAAUGCUCACAGGGCAAAAAGUUGGCAAAAGAAGCUAAAGUAAGUGAUGGAGAACAGACUAUAAGGCAUAUAAAUGACAUGUCACCUUUCUUAUUUUCAGCACCAGAACAGGAAUGAUCCAGUGUCUACGUUUAAUGAAGACAACCUGGCCCAAUGCAUUUUUGACUUCUUUGUAGCAGGGACAGAAACAACCGCCAUUUCUCUGAAAUGGGCACUUCUCCUCCUUGCAAAUCAUCCAGAUAUCCAAGGUGAGAGAGGGAGACGUGCGCAAUGGGAGCCAAAAGACAUUGAAAUAAGCUAAAUGUUUUUGACUUACAUCUCAUGGAAGAUCAUUCUUCUUCACAAAUGUUUCCUUAUACAGAUUCUGGAACUUAUAAUCAAACUCAACAGUGUGGUAGAAGUAAAAAACUAAUUUGCCCUGAACACCCCAUGCCCAUAGAAUACUUCCAGUCUAUGAUUACUGGGACAAUAAGAGAUGGAGGGUCUCAAUUUAUAAUUAAAUUCAUAGGAGAGGGUCAGGGACAAGAAUGUGCCCCUGUUGUUAGACUAAAGUGAAUUCAUCAAAGUUUUUCUGAAGGAGAGAAGAGUGGCUUUGCAAAUAGAGGGAAGACAAUUUGAAGACUGGGAUGGUCAAAGGAAGGGAGAGAAAGAGAUGAAUGUUUUUGCCAGUGAUGUCAUGGUGAAUCCAGAAAUCCAGGCUCCCUUCAUGACAACCCCCAAGCCAUUCCCCUUCUAAAACUCUGCAACCAAAAUGAAAUGUUGACCAAUGCACAGAUUAUGACUUAAUGAAGUCAUGUUUUUUCUUACUCCCUGCCCUUCCGCUUUGCUUAACAUCCAGCUUGGAAGAAUUCUGGUAGACCUGCUCAAUCCCUUGUGACAUUUUGGUUGGCCAUGAUAUCUUUCCAAAUAUAAGUAGCAGCUGAGAUUAGGGAAUUUUCCAACUUUCCAGACCUAGGAACUCACCUUUAGCUGAAAAAUGUUUUUGGAGGAGCACUUCUUAAUUUUUUACCAGAUAUUUAUAUGGUGGCAGUGCUGGUGUUGCAACCCACUUUAGGUCGGGAAAAAUCCUGGUAGUGCAGCCACCUUGACCCACCAGUGGAAGUAGCAGUUAGAAUGUCAAACUAGGAUUGAGAAAACCCAGGUUCAAAUUCUAAUACAGCUAUGAAACCCUCUGGGUGGCCUUAGACUAGUCCGUAUUUUUCAGAUUAACCUAUUGUCCCAGGUUACUAAUGAGGUUUAAAAAGAGUGGAAGAACCAUGUAUAUUGCAUUGAAGUCCUUGGAGGAAAAUAUGGGCUAUAAAUGCAAUAAAUAAUAUAAUAAUAUAAAUGAGCUAUAAACUGGGAUUCAUUCAUAUAUCUUCUUAGAAUAAUUUCAUGGUAAAUAAAUAUCCUGGAAAAAAAUGUUCUUGUCAAAAUAAACAAUGCAUUUCCAUCAUUUUCUUCAGAUAAAGUUCACAAGGAGAUAAAAAAUGUUAUAGGUUCUUCUCAUUCAAUGUGCUACCAAGAUAAGAAGAAACUGCCCUACACCAAUGCUGUGAUUCAUGAAAUGCAGCGCUUUAAAUAUGCCUUUGUAAGUGGAAUUCCCAGGCAAACGGCAAAGGAUGUGAAGAUACAUGGUUCUCUUAUUCCCAAGGUAACAGCUGCAUUCUUGUAUAUCAGGAGCAUAUAGGGCUGGAUCAUAAGUGGCGUAAACCUCACUUAUGAGCUGCCGAAGCACAUGUUCUGGCUCGUAAUAGGGCCUACAAUGUGGUGGCAAGGGCAGAGGUUUUAUCCUACUUUGCUGCCUCCAUUACAUCCUCGGGGAACCAUUGAGCAGAGUUAUUCUGUGUCAUCCAGAGGUUAGUAACUUGUGACUGGUGAGGUGGAUCUCCUGAACACAUGGUGACUAGCUGUAACUGGAUAGCUAAACAUUUCAAGGAUAAAGUUGUUUGGCUCUGCAGCAAUUUAGAUGCUGCUAUUGAGACUGUGCCAGCUAAGGUGUCCUACAAAUUGUCAGGCCCAGUAUUGUGGAAUCAAUUCCAAUUAAUAAUCUCAGGGUUGUGGGUUUGAGCCCCAUGUUGGGCAAAAAAUUCCUGCAUUGACCCUUGUUGCCCCUUUCAACUCUACAACUCUACAAUUCUAUGAUUAUUAUUCUAUUACAGUGGCACCUUGGUUUAAGAACAGCUUAGUUUAUGAACAACUUGGAUUAAGAAUGCUGGGUGGGGUGACUGGAUCGAUCAGAGGUGUGGUAGUGUGAUGGACUGGUGCCUGUUGCGCUUAAAGAGGCGGUGGUGUUCCACUUCUCAUAAAUCCCACUCUAGACCCAAUGGAGUGUAACAACUAUAGACGGGCUGCCAACACACCUUUCUUAGCAAAGGUGUUUGAGAUGGUGGUUGGAGAACCGGUAUUCCUGCAUACUCUUCAACUGCUCUGAAAAUGCUGGGACUGUCACAAAAACCCUUAAGCCAUCUGACUCUGUAAUGCAGAGUUCUGAAUUCCCAGAUGAAAGCCUUUCCCACCAACCAUCACACUUAAAAAAAUAAUCAAAUCUUUAUUCACAUUUUCAUUCCUUGCUCCUUCCAUCUCCUGGCCAGGGAAAGAGAGAAACAGCAACUUACUUCAGGUUCUCAUUUGCACACUCUUCUGAGCUGUUCAGCAACAUUAUACACAACAAGGAGAGUCUGCUCUGCAUCCAAAACUCUUAGGUCCCUGCCCAGUUUCUUUGCAUUGCUGCCUCGUCUUUCAUUCCCAGUUUCAUUUGAGAACCUGAAUUAUCAGAGAGCAUUCUGGAUUAGUUGUAGUUUCCAGGUCACCUUCAAAGGUAGCCCCACACAGAGUGAAUUGCAGUAGUCCAAGUGAGAGAUAACUAGAGCAUGCACCGCUCUGGUGAGGCAGUCCGUGGGCAGGUAGGGUCUCAGCCUGUGUACCAGAUGGAGCUGGUAAACAGCUGCCCUGGACACAGAACUGACCUGCGCCUCCAUGGACAGCUGUGAGUCCAAAAUAACUCCCAGCUGCACAACUGGGAGUCCUCCACACCUGCCCGCCUCCUGUCCCCCCAAAACAGUACUUCUGUCUUGUCUGGAUUCAACCUCAAUCUGUUAGCUGCCAUCCAUCCUCCAACCACCUCCAGACACUCACACAGGACCUUCACCGCCUUCACUGAUUCUGAUUUGAAAGAGAGGUAGAGCUGGGUAUCAUCUGCAUAUUGAUGAACAGCCAGACCCAACCCCCUGAUGAUCUCUCCCAGCGGCUGCAUGUAGAUGUUAAAAAGCAUGGGGGAGAGGACAGAACCCUGAGGCACCCCACAAGAGAGAGCCCAGGGGUCUGAACACUCAUCCCCCAACCCCACUUUUUGAACACGGCCCAGGAGAAAGGAGCGGAACCACUGUAUAACAGUGCCCCCAGCUCCCAGCCCCUCUAGACAGUCCAGAAGGAUGUUAUGUUCGAUGGUGUCAAAAGCUGCUGAGAGAUCCAGCAGAACUAGGAAAAAGCUCUCACCUUUGUCUCUAGCCCGCUGGAGAUCAUCAACCAGCACAACCAAGGCAGUUUCAGUCCCAUGAUGAGGCCUGAAUCCUGAUUGGAAGGGAUCCAAAUAGUCCGCUUCUUCCAGGCGUGCCUGGAAGUGCUUGUAAAAUGAAACCGUUACGCAUUUUACAUCCUGCUCAAGUAAACAACUUACUUGAUUGAUCUUUCUUGUUUCCAUGAAUGUUUUAUUGCCUUUCGUGUGCAACCAGCCCUUCAAAUGUGUUUCCAAGAAGGCUGCACUGAUUGAUUACUCUGCUGAUUUUAAGACAGGCACACGUGGAAGUGUUGCUGGACCCAGAGAUUUAUGAGGAUACCCCAUAUCAUACACCUGCACAAUCACAACAACAAUAAUUGUUCAAAGUUAUCAUGUUUCCAAAAUGCUCAUAAAUGCAUGACAUCACAUAGUCUCCAUACACACAAACACAUAGUUGUAUUUAUUGAUUUGAGGUUUUCUUUUUCCGCCAGGCUUCCCUAAAUGAAAUACAUACCGUAUUUUUCGCUCUAUAACACGCUCCCAACCAUAACACGCACAUAGUUUUUAGAGGAGGAAAACAAGAAAAAAAAAUCUAAACGAAACAGUGGAUGUAUGAUUUUUGUGGUUCAUGCUGUGGCCACAGACAUGUGAUCUUACGGUGAGUUUGGGGUAGCCCAAUGCAAAAAUCCUGAGGAUCCACGUGGAUCCGUGCUUUGUAACCACGUUUUUGCACCACUGCGGCCCCAGGCAACAGUGGGUGCGUGGUUUUUUUGGUGCAAGCUGUAGCCAUGGACAUGCUAUGUGAUCUGAUGGUGAAUUUGGGGUGACCCAGUGCAAAAAUCCUGAGGAUCCGUGUGGAUCUGUGCUUUGUAACCAUGUUUUAAGUGGGGAGGGAAGGAAAAGCACUCAAGGGACAAGGAACACGCAUGGGGUGGGUGGAGAAGGAUGCUGUUAAUAAUGCAGAAGAGGGGUAUAAGAGGAGAAGGCUCUUAUAAGAGGAGUGGGGAGGAGAGAGAGACAGAGAGCCUGCUUGAAAAAACGUUGCUGCUAUUUAGCGAGUGGGGAGGAGAGAGAGACAGAGAACCUGCUUGAAAAAUCUUUGCUGCUAUUUAGCGAGUGGGGAGGAGAGAGAGAGAGCCCGCUUGAAAAAUCUUUGCUGUUAUUUAGCGAGUGGGGAGGAGAGAGGGACAGAGAGCCUGCUUGCUUUAAAGGAGCCAACCGGACAGGAACCGCUUACACUCGUGUAAGCGGCUCCUCUCCUCUCCUCUCCCGCUUUGCUCCUUUAAAGCAAGCAGGUUCUCUGUCUCUCUCUCCUCCUCACUCAGUGGCUCUUCUCCCGCUUUGCUGUUUCAAAGCGAGCCACGGAGGAGGGAAGGAAGGGGAACCAUGGAUCCUCUGCUCACGACUGCAGCAGAUCCCCCCGCCAUCCAUAGGCAUUCGCUCCAUAACACUCACAGACAUUUCCCCUUACUUUCUAGGAGGAAAAAAGUGAGUGUUAUGGUGCGAAAAAUACGGUAAAUUCAAAUAUUUAUAUGCUUAAAAUACUGCAAUUUUGUGUUUCCUCUAAUAACGUUGGUACUUGACCAGGAGGAAAUACACAAACAGUGAUACUGAGUUCAGAAGAAGUUUUAGAACUGAAUCAGCUUUGGUCGCCCUGAUGGAUGGCUGUUAUUGGCCAGAGGUCUCAGUCUAGAUGUUGGGCUUUCCUUUGAAAAGAGGGGUGGAGAGAAGGAGGCCAUUCUUCUCCUGGCUACACAGGUAGGUUUUAAUAGGGAGAAAAGCUGAGGAUGAAUCUGGCCACUGGUAAAUGACUUCCCUCCCCUGGCAUAUUGAGGGACAUUUCAGAAAUGUGUUGAUCUUAGUGUGUUCAAUGACAAUGGUUUCUUCUUUACAGACGACUGGUAUCUUUCCUGACCUGCGCUCUGUUCUCCUUGAUCCCACACGAUGGAAGACACCUGCAGAGUUCAACCCAAAUCAUUUCUUGGACAAGGAUGGACAAUAUGUGGCUCGAGAAGAAUACCUGCCAUUUGGUGCAGGUAAAUGCAGAAGACCAAGCUAUGUUUUGAUGUGUAGACAUGCAUAUUGGGCUGCUCACAGGAAAUGACAUCAUAAUCAGCACAUGCAAGAGAAAGUAGACAGCACUCUUGCAGGAGCAGUGGCCCUGCGACUCACCAGAACAGGAAUGAGAAAGGAAGUGGCAACUUUGGGGAAGCUCUGGGUUGGUGAUGGUGACUCUGCAGAUGCACAUACACUUUCAGGGUCUUCACCAUCACCAACCUGAAGCAUCUCAGACUUUGCCACCACCCUGCCCUAUCCCUCCUUUGAGCUCUAAAGGAGACAGGAGUCCUGAUUAUUUCCUUGACCCAACUCCUUCCAACUCUACGAUUCUAUGAAUCUACGACUAGUAGUUGGGCUUGGUUUUACAAAAUAUUAUGUGGAGUAUUUCAAAGUUAUAAAAUAAUGAUAUCUGGAGACAGUGCAAUUUUUCUAGAAAAAGAGGUGCUGGAACUCACUGUGAACCUCCCUCGUUCUCUUAGAAUGGCAGUGAUGCCCACCUGAGAGAUGCUGGAACUGAGAUCCAGUGAGUUCCAGCUGAAACCCCCCCCUGACUGGAAAGUAAGUUAUUACUCAGUUGCUGAUUUUCCCAUGUCUCCUCUUCAGGGUCUCGCAUAUGUUUGGGAAUGCAGCUGGCAAAGAUCGAAAUCUUCAUCUUCCUGACCAGCCUGCUGAGGACAUUCAGCUUCCGGCUGCCAGAAGGAGUGAAAGAACUUAAUCAAGACCCUGUACCAAGGGUUGCAAUGAACCCUCAUCCUUAUAAAAUCUGUGCUAUUCCCCACUGCAGGACAUAA